CCAUCCGCGCGACGUAAAACCUGGAAGGUUCAGUUGAAAGUUGAAAGGGGUUUAAGAGAGGUUGUUGCCGAACACUGUGGAAGAUUGCAGAGUGAGCACAAGCAAUGGCGUUUCCUUCUUCUUCUUCCUCGUUCUCCCCGCGCGCAUCAGACGACACCGUUUUCUACGCCAUAUACACGGAGUCCCCCACCAGGACCAGCAUCGCGACGCUCCACAGCCUCCACCUCCAAAUCCUGGAAAGCAUAACCCCCUUAACCGAAGGGUAUAUAUGGCAGCACCAACCCUUCACUCUCUCAGUCUCCACUCCCCCCAACGCCUCCUGCCCCUGCCCCUCCUCCUCCCACCUCCCCCACCUCCACGGCCACCUCCGCUUCGCCGACAACCUCGAAGACGAGUGGUUCACCGUCUUCCUCCUCUUCCGCCUCUCCCUCCGCUUCCCCUCCCUCUCCCUCCGCCUCUGGGACUCCGACGGCGACUUCCUCCUCAUCGAGGCCGCCUUCCACCUCCCCCGCUGGCUCAACCCCGACACCUCCCUCCACCGCCUCUUCCUCCGCAACGGAACCCUCCGCAUCGUCCCCCAAACCCUCCCCAACCCCUCCCUCCCCGAUUCCCUCGCCUUCGUCGCCGGUUCCCAAUCCCUCGCCUCCGACUCAAUCCAGCGCGCCAUCCAGAACCGCAUCAAGGACUACCCCGACCGCGCGCGGAAGAACAUGCACAAAGUUAGGGUUAGGCUUCCGGUUUCCGUCGCGCACGUUCUCAAGCACGAGCCGCGGCUAAUCUCCCUCGCGGUGGAGGGAUUCUACGACAGGGACAUUGACACCAUGAAGUUCGCUAGCACGAUGGAGAGGUUCCUGGAGAGGGGGAAAGCGGAGGAGUUGGUGCGCGUUUCGGUGAUGAUGUCGAGGGCGAUGUACGCGCAGCUUGUGCAGCAGCGGUUUCAGGCUCCGAAGUGUUACCCUGAGAUGCCGGGUCGGGCUGAGAGGGAGGGGUUUGUGGAGGCGGAGCUGGGGAUGAAGGUAGCGUGUGGGAUGGAGAUGAUGUACCAGCAGCGGAAGCGUGAUGGGGUGGAAGGGAGAGGGAGCACUUGGGAGGUGUUUAGGAAGAGCUUGGAGGAUAGUGGCUACUUCCAAGGGCUGCUUCCGGGUUCCUCUGAGUAUCAGAGGUUGAUGCAGAGUGCUCAAGAGUAUUUUAGGAGCACUUCUCUGCACUCCAGGGAAAGUGACUUGAUGAAUGCUCCUGUUAAACGCAUAGAUGAAAUUCUUGCCUUGCCCCAUUCAGUGGAUGAUUUUAAAGAUCAUGAGAUUCCUCCAUCUGAUGAUGAUUCCUGGCUUUACGAUGGAGAGGAAGAGCUGAACUCUGUUCUUAUGGAAAGACAAAAGGAGAUGGAACUAUAUGACUUAAAACACAAAAAGAAAGCAAAAGCAAAAGAAGAUCAAAAUACUGGUCCCUCAGCUGCAUCAAAUGCUGCUGAUGAGUUUGAUCCUAGUGAUAUAGCAAAGACCAUGCAGGCAUUUGUUCAUAAGUUGUCAAGUUACAAGGGUGCUGAAGCUCCUGAAGACAGGAAUAAGGAAGUGGACCUUGAUGUGGACCAAUUUAUUAAAGACAUGGAAUCAGUAAUGAAGCAUUCAGGUGGUGAAGUUGCCAACAAUAAUACUGAAGAAGGAUCAUCGUCCGACCUGGACUUUGAUGAUUCUGAUGAGAGUGAUAUUGCUGAAUUGGAUGAGGAUAAUGAGGACAGAGAGGAUAAUUUCAUGCGGUUCUAUUCUGAUGCCAUGAAUGAAGAACUAAAGGCAACCACCCUUCAGAAAAGUUUUGUUCGUGCUGAUGAACAAAUUCCAAAGAAGGACCAGGGAACGUCAAAUGCAUCAGAACAUAUUAUGGACGAGGAUUUUUCUCCUGUAGAUGUGGAUGUAAAUUUAGUAAAAAGCUUUCUUGAUUCUUUUUCUUCCCAACAAGGGCUUCCUGGUCCCGCUUCCAAUUUGCUCGGCCUCAUGGGGGUGCAGUUACCACAAGAUGCCAAGAAGGGCAAAUGAAGAUACUGAAACAUAUAUCCAGGUUUAAGUUUUGGGAUUCUCCAACGGUUUAGUCUCUGGAUGGCAUGUCUCCCAACCUGUUUGCCUAUAACCUUUUCCACCACGUUGGGUAGACAUAUGCUUAGAAGAUGGCAGAUGGGAAUGCUUGCUAGUCAUGAUGUAAUUGCACCAGGUUUUGGCACUCCAAUUGAAUAGAAGUGUCUUAUUUCCUUGCCUCCAGAGAAAAGCAAGAGAACGAUCAUCUGUAGCAUGCUUAUUAAUUAUUGGCUGAAAUACAAGUGGCAAGACAAUUCUAGGAAAUAGGGAAUUGGAUAACUAUCUUAUAUAGCAAAUCUAUUUAUACUAUAACUGAUUACCAUUAAAUAAUUCCCAACAAGGGUUUAUUUUUAGUUUGUGUCAUCCCCAAUUAAGAGUUGAUGAUUGUCCCUUUGGGUCA